AUGUCUAUACUCGACAACCCUCGUAAAUGGUAUCAAAUCAAAUGGUUCCAAGAUUACGACACACCAGAAGAACGCAAAUUGAUCGUAAAGUUGGACCUUCUGAUUGUACCAUAUGUUUUUGUGCUCGGCGGUCUAACAUCAGUUUUGGCGUACUGGACGAAGUACAUCGAUCAAGCUAACAUCAACAAUGCUUAUGUUGCUGGGAUGAAAGAGGACUUGGGGUUCCAAGGCAAUGAACUCGUAAAGCUGCAGACCAUGUACAUUCUGGGAGCCGUGCUAGGACAGCUUCCAUUCAUGUACCUCUUCACGCGGGUGCCUAUGUACUACCUAAUACCGAUGAUGGACGUGGCAUGGGGAAUUUUCACCCUCUUGCAGUUCCGAGUCACCUCCUAUGCGGAAAUCGCGGCUUACAGGUUCAUGGUAGGCUGGUUUGAAGCAGCUUUCUUCCCAGCCAUUCACUACAUCUUUGGCUCCUGGUACAGAUCUGAUGAAUACGGACGGCGUGCCGGAUUUUUCUAUAUCGGCCUCACAUUGGGUACUCUCACGGCGGCCUUGAUUCAGUCGGCAGCUUCCGCUAACUUAGAUGGUGUUCAUGGCCUUGCUGGAUGGCGCUGGAUGUACAUUGUCUGUGCGAUCUUGACUAUUCCCGUCGGCAUAGUCGGACUAUUCGUCAUUCCUGGUACUCCAGAUCAACCCAAUAAAUGGAUCCUGAAGGACAAAGACGUCCAGCUCUCGAAAGACCGGCUUCAACGGGCAGGCCACAAAACAGAAGGCAAGGUGACCGUGCAAACUUUUGUUCGUAUCGCAAAAUCCCCCCGUGUCUGGGCUUUACUUUUGCUGGAUAUAUUCUUCUGGAACGGUUCCGUCAACACUACUACCGGGGGCUAUCUGCUAUGGCUAAAGAGUCUGAAGCGGUACACUCCUGCACGUCUCAAUCAGCUGGGAGCCAUGUCACCUGGUCUUGGAAUUUUCUACACAUUAGCAGUCUGUUUCGGAUCCGACCUUUUGUUUGGUCCCGCGUGGGCAAUCACGAUUGCACACGUCUGGAAUAUCAUUGGGCUAAUCAUCUUGACGAUCUGGCAUGUCCCCGAACCAGCAUUGUGGUUCGCAUUCAUGACUACCUAUUCUGCCGUGGCCAUGUCGAGUGUGCUCUACGGUUGGAUCAACAGCCAGCUCAGCUACUCCCCUGCAGAGCGUUCCGUAGCACUGGUGCUGGCAAAUACCAUCUCACAAUCCACAACUGCCUGGACGCCGCUCUUGGUUUUUAAAACCGUCGAGGCACCAAGGUUCAUCAAAGGCUAUCCAUUUGUACUCGCGAACGCGGUCUGCUUGAUCAUUUUGGCACAUGUCAUCAAUACCUAUGCACGGAAAGGGCAACGGUCAAAUCCUCCGGUAGCAGACGAUGAAAGUGGAGGAUCGUUAGACCAAACAAGCAUCCAUUUGCGUACCGACCAGAAAGAUGAAGGCGCGUCUGAAGAAUCGAAAUGA